AUGUUUAGAAUAUCUAAUGUUACGACUAUUAUACUAAUUGUAACUAUUCUGAUAAGUUAAACCUCAACGCAAACUUUGGAUGAAAUUAAAGAUAAAAUCGUUAAUAAUUGGAAAAGUAUUGCUUUAGAAUUGAUCCCACAAUAACAAGGAGAUUAAGUUUACCCAGAAUAUCAAAGAAGAUCUUGGAAUUUUACAACGUCAACUGAAUUCUCAACAUUGAUUGAAAACUUUGAAGAUAAAUCAGGUUAAAAUAGAAGAUUGACAAUCUAAGGAUAAGGAGAAAUUACAUACUAAGGUGCUAGUGAUGUAAUUUCAGGGGGAUAUUUAUGCUAAUUUAAUUUUAGUAAAUCAGCUAUCGUUACUCUUCACACAGAUUAAUUUGUAACUGCCUUCAAUACAGCAUAACAAGGAUAAGAUGGUAUAACUUGGGUCAAGGAUAAACCUGAAGAUAUUACUAAAAAAGGUGUUCCAGCUUUGUAAAAGCAAGCAAAUCAAUUUUUUAUAGCUUAUGAUCUUAUAUAUAUAAGAGAUGAUUUUUUAUAUAUGGGAGAAGUGGAUGUAUUUGGUACAGAAGCAAGCUUAGAAAACCCUCCAAAAGGAUUGUGUGCUCCUCUUAUUCCAUUCUCUGAUGAUGAUACUCCAUAUACAAAAGAGGAAGUGAUGAAUAAUGUCAUUAAUGGUGUUUGGUCAAGCCUAACAAAAGAAGUAAGGCCAGGCUUUAAUAAUGAAGGAAAACUUAUUACUACAUUUUAAACUAGAAAAAUAUCAUUUCUUUCAGCUGAAGGUUUUUCAUUAGUAUUAACAAGUUAUCCUGGGCCUGGUUAAACAUCAGCCUUUUUAGAAACAGAGGUAGUUGGUAUUUAUGAAUGGCAAGAAGAAGCUUCUUCAGUUGUUUAAGGAGCAUUUUUUGCUAAAUUUACAAUGACUUAAAUGUAUUUGACACCCAUGAGUGAUGAAAUGGCUGCUAGUUUAAAUUAAGGUUUACCUGUUGGAAUGGAUCCCUUUAAAAAUGGCUAGAAGGCAAAUUUGACAGGAAAAAAUUUACCAGCCUUUGGAAUGUCUAGUGAUUCUCCAUCUUAUGAAGAUGAUUUGGUUUAUUUAAAAUAAAAUCGCUUAUUUUUAUAAGCGAGACCAGUAGAUGGAGGAAUGCUUUCCUCUAUAGAAAGAAGAACAUAUAGUCUUUAGAGAGAUUUAAUAAAUCCAGAAUUAAGCUUCCAAGAUCUUCUACUGUUAAAUUUCAUAGUCUUGUUGAUAUUUUGA